ACAACAUCGUCUUGUAUCAAAAAAAUUGUUUUGAAUCAAGACUAAUGCCAUAUUAUGGAGAUUACGUUUCAUCUCCUUUAGAAUUGUAAAAUGUUACUUACUUUUCUGUCACUCGGAAUUGCCUCACACCACAUACAACCGAGAAGAAAGACGGCCUGUUAUAAGAAUAAUAACCUUGUAUGGAGAGCUUUAGAACAAAGUUGCUUGGGUUGUGGUCGUGAAAAUGGAGUCAUAAAGGGUUGCGAUGGGAAGGGACGUAUAGUUGGAGGCCUUGUCCAGAAAUAUCGAAACAGGGUGGAACUUAUCAAAGAGCAGGCCAAACUUNAGAAGAACUUUUCGGCAUCAACGACGUAACGACUCUGAGUACGCAUAAAC